AUGGAUAAAUUCAAUUUCAAAGACUUUUCCGGGGUUCUCUGUAAGCAAGCGGCAGCACUGCUGAGCUUCGACGGCAAAAAGAAACGGUUCAACCUCGACGACGCCGAGCGGCCAGAAGAACUGCACGACUCAGCAGCAUUGGUGACGUUCAUGCUCAAGUUGCGCCAAGCAGAGCGAGCUGUCACGUGCACCCAUUUGGUGAACUUUCUCAGCCGGUUACGAUACCCUACUCAAGCUGCUACAACCAUUCUGUGCGCGCAACGGCUUCAUGGGUCAAAAGCCAGCCAAUACCAAGUGGUGCCAGGAAGACCUCGACGCAACGUGAUCCGCAAGACGUUCGCCUCGAAGAUCUCGAGUGGAGAAAAGCACCCCUAUCGGAUGACGGCGGAGUUAUCAGUGCGUGCCAACGGCGAGAAGUUGCCCAUCCUGUUCAUCAUGCGCGGCGUCACUGGCGGUCUCAUUAAGCCGAACAAGUUCGAAACGUCCUAUGCCGUGCAAGAAAAAACGUGGAUUGAUGCUCGCGUCUAG